AUGAUCGUUAAUGUCGUCUUCGAUUAUGAUGACUGCGACUUAGUUUCUGGAGGCACAAGGCCAGAGCACGAAAACGCGCGAGCGCCGACGGAGCCUCGCGACCCCAUCCCCACCCGCGCCGCGCCACGCCGCGCCGCGUUGCCCCGCACCGCCAGGAGCCUUGCGGCAGGCCAGCCGCGCUGCGUCGCGAACGCGCCACACUCGCCAGCACGUGACUGCACGAGGCGAGCGCGGGCGAUGGCGACGCUGUUCCGCAGCCGGCGCGUGGUGCUGCCAGGGGGCGUGCGGGAGGCGGGGUUGCUGGUGGACGGCGACGGCCGCGUGGCGCGCGUGCUGGAAGCCCACGAGCUGCUCGACCCCGCCCACGCCGCGGGCCCCCAUCUCCAGUGGCGUGAAGUUGAGGGGAACGAAAAUUCUAUACCUCCUACGACUACCAAAGCUAAUCUGGAAAUAAAACUAGAAGCCGCCAAAGGAAAGAGACAUCUAAAAGACAUGGUAGAAGCUGGUGUUGUGGGCUUCAAGUGCUUCCUCUGCCCCACAGGAGUUGAAGAAUUCUCGUCCGCAUCUGUCGCAGACGUGGAAGAAGCUUUAAAGGAACUUCAAGGAACCAAAUCAGUUCUUGCGUUUCAUGCAGAAGUUGAUCUCCCGGACGUCGAACCACCCCAAAAAGACAAAGCCAGAAAAUACCAAACGUACCUGAACACCAGGCCUCCAUUAAUGGAAGUAAAUGCAAUUCGAAAAGUAGCUGAAUUAUGUCAACAAUACAAAGUGCGUUGUCAUAUCGUCCACUUGUCAGCAGCAGAGGCACUACCCAUCGUGAGAAAUGCAAAAGCUCGUGGAAAUCAGCUUACAGCUGAAACAUGUCACCACUACCUGUCCUUGGCGUCGGAAAAUAUUCCCGACGGCGCAACCCAAUUUAAAUGUUGUCCACCCAUUAGAAAUCAAAAAAAUCAGGAACAUCUAUGGACUGCCCUUCGUUCAAAUGUACUAGAUAUGGUAGUAUCGGAUCACUCUCCGGCAACUGCCGACACGAAACGACUUGACGAUGGAAAUUUUCUUGAGGCCUGGGGAGGAAUUGCAUCAGUUCAAUUUGGCAAGUUUGUCUCUAUUUUGGACUGCUGCCUCCGAACGAAAGUUCACUCUUACGGACGUUGCCCAGUUCUUAUGCCACAAGCCAGCAAAGUUAUGCAGUUUAGAACACAGGAAAGGGCACAUAGCGGAAGGAAUGGAUGCGGAUUUUGUCAUUUGGGACCCAGAGGCUUCAUUUGUGGUGGAUCCAUCGGCUAUUCAUUUCAAGAACAAAAUAACUCCUUAUUUGAAUAAAACACUGAAAGGACGAGUAAUACGUACAAUUGUCAGAGGGAAAACUGUUUACGAAGUUGGAAAAGAUUUUCCGGCACCACAAGGACAUUUAAUUUUACUUUCAAAUGAUAUUCAAUCUAACUGAAGAUUUUUAAAAAUAAAUUUUAUAAUGGGAUACAUAUUAUGAAGCAAAUAAACUAUCUGCUUCCA